AUGAUUUUCAGCUACGAUUUCAUCAAAUGGAAGAAGUUUGAGAGGUUGAAAGGUCUUCUCCAGUUCCUGUUUAACAAUCCAGGGCCAUCAUUCCUGGUGGAUCUGUGCACCUGUGACAAGGUUUUGACAGAGUAUUACAGAAGAAACUGUUUCUACUGUCAAGAGGAUGAGAGGGAUAUGGAAAGGGGCACUGAUUUUGUCUGGCAGCACGCAGUAUUCAAUAAACCAAAGGGUGAGGCAAGUGUCUCAGAAAAUCCAGACUUUAGGCCCGGGAGCAUCAUAGUUCCAGUCAUAUUUUCUCUGAUAUUCCUUCUUGGGACAGUAGGGAAUGGUCUUGUUCUGGCAGUGUUACUGCGGAAUGGGCAGAUGAGUUACAGUACAACCAACCUCUUCAUCUUAAACCUCAGCAUCGCUGAUCUCUUCUUUAUUAUUUUCUGUGUCCCCUUUCAAGCUACCAUCUACUCACUGGAUGGGUGGCUCUUUGGCUCCUUCAUGUGCAAAGUGGUCCACUUUUUCAUCUACCUCACCAUGUACGCCAGCAGCUUCAUACUGGCUGCAGUCUCUGUGGACAGAUACCUUGCCAUAAGGUACCCCUUGAAGUCGCGGGAUCUUCGCACAGCACGUAAUGCCUUAGUUGCCAUUGGAAUUAUCUGGGCAUUGUCAAUCAUCUUAGCUGGGCCAUACUUGAAUUACUACCAUAUUGUCCUCUACAACGGGAUACCCAUCUGUGUACCAAUCUGGGAAGACGCCAGCAGAAAGAUCAUGGAUGUUUCCUCGUUUGUGUUUGGCUAUGUCAUCCCUGUCACAGUCUUGAGUUUUGCUUACACCAGGACAAUCAAACACCUGUGGACAUCAGUGGACCCCAUUGAGACCAUCUCAGAGGCCAAGAAAGCCAAGAGGAAGGUGACUAAAAUGAUUAUUAUAGUUGCUGUGCUCUUUUGCCUGUGCUGGCUGCCCCACCAUGUGGUUAUCAUGUGCUUCUGGUUCGGUUACUUCCCAUUCAACAAAGCAACUUAUGCCUUCAGGCUUAUCUCACAUUGCAUGUCAUAUGCCAACUCCUGCCUCAACCCUAUUGUGUACGCUUUGAUAUCAAAGCAUUUCCGGAAAAAGUUCAAGCAAGUCUUCACCUGCCUCCUGAAGAAGAAAGCUCCCAAUAAAGUCCACGUUGUCCAUGUAGCCAAUACCGUGACUGGGUUUCAACCUGUCACCACUGAAAUCUCCCAGAUAAAUGAACAAAACUGCAUGGUGGCACGGUCAGCCCAGGUGGAAAGUAGCCUGGUGCGGGAAGAGCCAGGAGUUAGUCUCAGGCAGGAGGUCUGA